CCGAAUGGCAGAAGCGUAUCGCAGGCGUAAGUACGCCGUGUGGUAACACCAUUCUUGGUCUCGACUGCCGAGAACACCAGCACCAUCACCAGAGACGCGAUGGCUCCCAACGGUUUCCCUGUGGAUACCAUGUUCCCUACGGAUACGCCCAUCCUUGGCAACAUGAACAACGACACUGUGAUCUUCUUGGACUGGGACGACACGUUGCUGGCAUCGACAUGGGUCGGUAAGCUCGGGUUGCGGCCAAAGUACGUCAACGAGAAGCCUGCCAUUCCUGACGACGUGAAAUCCCAGCUGGAAGAACUCGAAGAAUGCGUGGUUGAGUUGUUGGAGAGCGCCGUCAAGUACGGCCGCGUGGUGAUCAUCACCGCCGCAGAGACCGGAUGGGUUGAACUCUCUGCGUCUUUGUUCAUGCCCCGGUGCCUUCCCAUCAUCAGCGAACACAUCAAGGUCGUGUCAGCGCGCUCGACGUAUGAAGACUUGUACCCUGGGUCCCCGAAGAAGUGGAAGAUUGAGGCGUUUCAGCACGAAGUGUACUUCUGCGACAACGUGACCGACGUCGUUCCCAAGCACAUCAUCUCCAUUGGAGAUGGCCCCACGGAGCGGGAAGCACUGAUCAACUUGAAAUUGUCGGGCAGUUCGCAAUUCCACGCCAAGUCGCUCAAGCUCAUCACGUACCCAAACGCGAUCGAGCUCAAGAUGGAGGUGCGGCUGCUGCUUGACAAUUUGCAUACCCUGUGUACACACGAAGAGGACAUGGAUCUACAGAUCUCCAAGGAAGCCAUUGCGGCGCAGUCGGCAUGAACGGUCAUGUCAAAAGUAGAUUCAGUCCCCUAAUCAAAAUAUUACCCCUAUCUAUUACUACUGUGA